UAAAUCGAAACUGAUAGAUUCAUUGUAAAAUAUUCCUCAGUCGAUACGUUUGUGACAAAUGUGCGUAUACAUCGGCAUUCUACUUCAAAUAAGCUUCCGAUCAUAUUUCAAUCGAGAUUCGGAAUUUGAGUACAAGAAUUGUGCAUGAAAUUCUAUUUUAUCCAUUUUUCCCGGUGAUUAUGUGAUGACUUUACCGUGUGCGUGACUUUAAUCAUACUUCAAUCCAGUUUUUGGUUACCUCAUUGAUUUUUUUUUUUUUCGCCCUAACGAUGACCAUGGAAGAUUAUGAAGUCAUGGGAGAAUAUGAAGAAUGCCAAACGCACGCCGAAUCUUUGAUGAACGACGAUUUACGAGCUAAAGUCGGAAAAAAAUCAAAGACCUUACCACAAGUAUUACCAGCUAUAUCAGCAUGCCUGGCAAUCAUGAGCGGUGGAUUUCAUUCUACGUGGCCAAUACCGUCUUUGGUGAAAUUGAUGUCUCCGGAUUCCCCGGUUCCGAUAACUUCGAAUCAAAGUUCUUGGAUCGUGAGCUUCGCCCUGAUCGGUUCAAUUCUGGGAUCCAUUUUUCUCCGUCCCUUACUAGAUAAAUGGGGGACAAAAAGUGUGCUGCUUUCAACAUCCAUUCCAUAUUUGAUCUCAGCGCUUAUUUUAGCGCUGGGCAAUGAAUACUGGUGGAUAUAUCUAGCCAGAUUUAUAGCAGGAGUCGGAAACGGUAUCAGUAUGGCAGUAUGUCCGAUUUACAUCAGCGAGAUAGCGGAGAACGAUAUCCGCGGUGCGUUGAGCACGACCAUGUCGGUGUCGAUGAUUUUAGGCGCCCUGAUACCCAUUGUGGUUGGUCCAUGGGUGGGCAGAGUAGUCUUAGCAGCGACCGCAGCUGCGAUUCCAGCAGUUUUUACUCUGACGUUCAUCUGGAUGCCAGAAUCUCCAUUUUUUUAUGCAAUGAAAAAUCGCCCGCACGAUAUUAAGAAAAGUCUGACAAGGUUACGAGGAACGUCGGACGUUGAUGAAGAAAUAAAAGGAAUCCAGAAGAGUCUGAUUUUGAACCGAAAUGAAAAAGGAUCUUUCUUCGAGGUGUUUACCGUCAAAGGAAAUCGAAAAGCACUCGCAAUCGCGAUAGGUUUGCGAUCCUGUCAGACACUUGCUGGUUUCUUCCCGUUUGUGACUUACGUCGGCGUUAUGUUCAAGAAAUUCGACGCGGGCAUCGGUUGGGGUAUCAUCAUGAUCGUGAUAUCGGCUGUGAAAUUUAUUAAUUCCUUUGUCGUGCUUCUGCUUGCUGACAGGGCGGGGAGAAGACCUCUUCUUCUAGUUUCCAGUACGUUCAGCGCUGUUUUCUUAUUGGGUGGGGGUUGGUUCUUUCAAUUGGUAGCAAACGGAACUGACGUCACCGAUGUCGCGUGGCUGCCCGUGGUGCUUAUAAUGCUAUUUUUCACCGCCCAUACUUUGGGCCUAGCUAUUGUACCUGUGAUGAUAGAAGCGGAAAUAUAUCCUCAUCAAAUUAAGACAGCCGCAAUGACCAUAACUGCGGUUUACCAGGCCGGUUUAGGUGUCGUUAUUCUGAAAAUAUACCAAAUUAUCACCGACGUUUACGGACUUUACGUUACUUUCUACUUAUUCGCAGCCAUCAAUAUUGUAUCGACAAUUUUCAUAUACUUUUUUGUUCCUGAAACUAAAAAAAGAUCGUUCAUCGAAAUACAGAAUGAAUUCCGGGGAAUUUCUAAGCCUCCAGUUUGAUUCGCGUAACGUUAAACAUAAAAAUCACGUUUUUUUGUUUUCAUUCAUUUCGUCCGAUUUUCACAUACGUCAAAUUUUGAUUUUUACGAAAAAUUGUCGAUGCAAGUGAUAGUUUUUUUUAGAUUGCAAAAUUAAAUUUCGACCUUUGAUUUUCCUAGAGAAAACGGACUUGGAGAGGAUCAUUUCGCUGACUGAACUCUGAAAUCUGAAAUAAUAAUCGUUUUUUCGUCUCCAUUUCCCGCUCCCACAUAUUUCUUUUCUUACAUUACUAGAUUGUAAAACCACGUUACCUAUUUUUUGUUAACUUAUUUUUAAUAGGAAUAGACUAUCAUUAAUAUCAUGUCUUCCCGGGCAUGCCCGUGUGAAUCAGGCGUGGAAACUAAAAUGUAUAUAAUCAUAAUAAAGAUAAAAAUUCCAAA